GUAUUAAUUAAUUUAUUUUGGAUGUCUUAAAUCUUGAAGAAGGCAGCUAAAUACAGAACCGUGUCAACGAUACUUUAACAUGGUGAAGCUCAUUUACGUGAUCCAUAUACAUUACCACCUGAGAUCAUUACUCCACCUGCAGGUAAUAUUUUAAUUGGAUUAAUAAAUAAAGCUAGAAAAGAAAGAAAGCCAGAUGAUAUUACAGAUUUUCCUUAGUAAAAAUUUGUGCUUUUACCUGAAUCCAUUCCAUACCCUGAAGGAAAAUAUCGUCCAGCAUCAGUACCUUAUGUUGCUGGUUUCUAUCCUUAUAAUUGUUAUCUAUAGAAGGGAAAGGUAAUUCAAAUAAGCUAAAUUAAGAUUUAUUAAUGGUGUUCAUGUGGUAUUUCAUAAGCAAAUCCAUGGUGUGAUGGAAUGUGCAAUGCCUCAGCAACUAGAAAUAGACCAAUCAAAUUUAAUGUUGAUACUUCUGGAUAUUAUAAAUUGUGUAAUUGUAAAUCUAGUGCAAAUGCUCCAUUUUGUAAUGGUACACAUAGGUAAAAUGUUAUUCAAUUUUAAGAUAAGUGAUUCGUUAAUAUCAUGCUGGUUAUAGAGGAUUCUAUGAACUUUGGGGUUGGGCUGCUUUUAUGGGAACAACAGGAUUCAUGAUUUGGAAUUUCCACAAUUGAAUGCAAAUAUCAACAGAAUAACAAUAUUAUCAAAAUUAAA